AAUUGAUACUUUUUCGAAAUGCUGAAAAAGUUAUGUUUAAUUUAACUACCUUCUACAAAAAUAUAUACAUUUUCUCUAGUUUAGUUUACUAGAAUAAUAGGUUUCCAAAUUCAUCGCCGAAUCAUACUUAAAGCAUACUAUUGAAUUAAACUACAAGAGCUAUGAAAAUAAUAUAAUGUAAACAAAUUUAUUCCUUCGUCAUUCAUUAUCAGCGGUUAUCGGAACAAACGUUUGUUAUAAUUACAAUUGCAGAUAAGAUGUUUUGUUUGAAUUAUUAUUCUUUUAAUGCUCCUAAACGACAGUCUGGAACACGAUUUGUAGAAAAUGGCGGGGUUUAUUACGCAAAGAAGCGCUUCUUCACGGCAUUUGUUAAAAAAUGUGAACAAUUUAAUGAAGAGACUUUCUUCCCACUUUACAUAUUUCCCCGAUGAACAAAAACCUAUAGAAGGUGAGACAAGCAAAAUGAACAUGAUGCAAGCCAUUAACAAUGCAAUGGACAUCACUCUUAAAACUGAUCCUAGUGCAGUGCUUUUUGGAGAGGAUGUAGCUUUUGGUGGUGUGUUCAGGUGUGCGUUGGGACUACAGGAGAAAUAUGGUAAAGACAGAGUAUUCAACACCCCUCUAUGUGAGCAAGGCAUCGCUGGCUUUGGUAUCGGAAUGGCUACAGCCGGAGCUACGGCAAUUGCUGAAAUACAGUUUGCUGAUUACAUAUUCCCAGCUUUUGAUCAGCUAGUGAACGAGGCGGGCAAGUGCCGCUACCGGUCGGGCGCGCAGUGGGCGUGCGGCGCGCUGACCGUGCGCGCGCCGAGCGGGGCGGUCGGCCACGGCGGCCUGUACCACUCGCAGAGCCCCGAGGCCUUCUUCGCGCACUCGCCCGGCCUCAAGGUGGUAAUCCCCCGUGGUCCCACAUCAGCCAAGGGUCUGUUACUGUCCUGCCUGCGAGACAGGGACCCCUGUAUAUUCCUCGAGCCGAAGAUUCUGUACCGAGCUGCUACUGAAGACGUGCCUGUUGAUAGCUAUGAGAUACCACUCGGUAAAGCACAGGUUUUGAGGGAAGGUGACGCAGCCACACUUAUAGCGUGGGGUACCCAAGUGCAUGUGAUGCUAGAAGUGGCCCAAAUGGCAAAGGAACAGCUCGGUGUGAACUGUGACGUCAUCGACCUAAUGUCCAUACUGCCGUGGGACGAAGAGACUGUUUGUAAUUCGGUAAAGAAAACGGGGCGGUGUCUCAUCGCACACGAAGCGCCUCUCACUUGCGGCUUUGGAGCUGAGCUUGCUGCAACUAUACAGGAGGAAUGUUUCCUGCAUCUCGAAGCGCCCGUCCGUCGCGAGGCGGGCUGGGACACGCCGUUCCCGCACGUGUUCGAGCCUUUCUACUUACCUGAUAGAACGAGAUGCUUGCAGGCCUUGAAGGAUCUGAUCAACUAUUAGUGGAAAUAAAUAAAUAGAUCUGUUUACAA